AUGGAGACCACACCACUACUGCAGCGCAAUAAUGAACCACCAUCACCAUCUUCACCUGCAUUACCACUGCCGGAACAAGAAGACUACCCGCCUGGAGCUUCCAAGACCUUCAAAGGCUUCAAGUCUUUGUUUUGGAAAGAGACUGUCAAGUUAUGGGAGAUUGCUGGUCCUAUUGGCUUCAGUUUCGUCUGUGAGUACUCUACCUACACCUUAACCUCUAUCUUUGUUGGCCAUCUCGGAAACCUGCAACUCUCUGCCGUUUCCGUUUCCCUCUCUGUCAUCAUUACCUUCGCUUUCGGCUUCCUCCUUGGUAUGGGGAGUGCACUGGAGACCCUAUGUGGUCAAGCAUUUGGUGCUGGUCAAGUUCAUAUGCUUGGUAUCUACUUGCAAAGAUCAAGCAUCAUCUCAUUCAUCACUUGUGUCCUCCUCUUGCCCAUUUACAUUUUCGCGGCUCCUCUACUCAAAGUCAUUGGCCAAGAUGCUGAUCUUUCUGACCUUGCUGGAAAAUUCACUCGGCUAACCAUACCUUCCUUGUUUUCAUGGGCUAUCUCUUUCCCAACCCAAAAGUUCCUUCAGGCCCAACGCAAGGUUAAAGUAGCCACAUGCAUUUCCGCUGGGGCUCUCCCUCUGCAUGCUCUGUGGCUUUGGCUCUUCAUCUAUGAGUUUGAUUGGGGUAUCACUGGCGCAGCAAUCGCUGUGAACCUGACCGAUUGGACAAUUGCUUUGGCUCAAGCUGUGUACGUGAUGGGUUGGUGUAAGGAAGGAUGGCAUGGAUUUAGUCUGUCUGCAUUUAAGGAUCUUUGGUCCUUUCUUACCCUCUCACUUGCUUCAGCUGUCAUGCUUUGCCUGGAGGCUUGGUAUAUGGUGAGUAUUUUUCUUCUCGCUGGGCAUCUCAAUAACGCGGUCAUUGCUGUUGGUUCCCUUGCCAUCUGCAUGAAUAUCAAUGUGAUUGAACUAAUGUUGUUCCUGGGAGUAAAUGCUGCUAUAAGCGUUCGUGUGUCGAAUGAGCUUGGAAUGGGGCAUCCAAAAGGUGCGAAAUAUUCGGUCUAUGUGACUGUAUUUCAGUCUCUUAUGAUUGGACUGGUUUGCAUGGCUGUUGUGUUGAUAGCUAAGGACUACUUUGCCUACCUUUUCACAAGCAGCGAAGAGAUGCGAGUAGCUACCUCUAAACUAGCAUUUAUUCUUGGUAUCACCAUGGUUCUUAACAGUGUUCAGCCAGUGAUAUCAGGGAGUAUGGGGUGGGAUGCUAGGUGGAACUGCUUUGCAGACCUUGCUGCUUUUGAUUGUACUCUACAAAACCAACUGGAAAAAAGAGCAGAACGCAUGAGGAGGUGGGCUGGGGAAGAAGAUGAGAAGAAGAACAAUCAUAUGGAUGAUGCAGCUAAUGAAGCGUAA